UCCCCAGAACCCAAUCCCAGGCUAUUAUUACCUUCUGGUAUGCCAUUGUUGUGCUUCUUCUAGUUCGAACCGGCUACUUGGCAAUCACCAAUAUCAGCUGAAAAGAUGAAUUCAUCAACUUCUGAGAAUCUCUGCCGUCGAUUUUCACUUGCUGAACUCAACUUAGCCACCGGAGAUUUCAGCGAGGAGCAUGUGAUUGGAAAGGGUGGUUUUGGUAAAGUUUACAAAGGCUUCAUUGAUAAUGAGGCAACUGCUAUAAAGCGGCGGCUAGCAUCAAAUCUGACUCGAGGGACAGGGCAAGGCCAGAUAGAAUUUGCGGCGGAGAUUGAAACACUAAGCAAGUUCCGACAUCGUAAUCUAGUCUCUCUUAUAGGGUACUGUGAUGAACAGGGUGAGAUGAUUCUUGUUUAUGACUACAUGUGGAACGGAACGCUAGCAGAUCACCUUCACAAGCUAUUGAGUGAUAGCAACGGCGGCUCAAGUCUCUCGUGGAAUGAACGACUUAAGAUAUGUAUUGGAGCGGGACGAGGUUUGGACUAUCUUCACUCUGGUUGCUCCAUCAUACACCGUGAUGUCAAGCCAACUAACAUCCUUUUAGAUGAAAAUUUCGUUGCUAAGGUUUCGGAUUUUGGGUUGGCCAAACAUUUAAGGCUUGAUAUCUCACAUAGCCAUGUCUUCACAAAUGUUAAGGGUUCAUUUGGGUAUUUUGAUCCAAGUUAUUUUAGCAGCGGUAUACUUAAAAGGGCAAGUGACACUUAUGCGUUUGGGAUAGUAUUAUUGGAGGUGUUGAGUGGGAGACCAGCGAUUGAAGAAAAUCUUGCCGAGGAUGAGAUGUAUAUGAGCAUGUGGGCUCAAGAAAAAAUUCGAAAAGGAAAAGCUUAUCAGAUUGUAGCUUCAAAUUUGAAGGGAGAUAUCUCACAAGAAUGCUUGAAGACAUUUGUUGAGGUUGUUAAAGGAUGUUUGGAUCUUGAUCCAAAGAAACGACUCACAAUGUCUCGAGUUGUGGUGCAGCUUGAGUUGGCCCUUGAACAACAGGAGAGGAAAGGAACGACGGCACAAAAAUUACAGUUUUGGCCGUUUCGGAAUCGAGCUGGAUCAACAGCAAAGACCAUCCCUGCCACUGCCAUGAAAGAAGCCUUUCCACUAGUUGGUCCAACACCAAAAGAUCAAAGUGAGGUUGAAGUUGAUAAGCUGUCAAAGGACAUUCCUGCCACUGCCACAAAAGAAGCCUUUCCAUUAGAAGGAUCAACACAAAAGGAUCAAAAUGAGGUUGAAGUUGAUGAAAUGUCAAAGGACAUCCCCUUCACCGCCAUAAAAGAAGCCUUUCCAUUAGAUGGAUUAACACAAAAGGAUCAAAAUGAGGUUGAAGUUGAUAAGCUGUCAAAGGACAUCCCCGCCACUGCCACAAAAGAAGCCUUUCCAUUAGAUGGAUCAACACAAAAGGAUCAAAAUGAGGCUGAAGUUGAUAAGCUGUCAAAGGACAUCCCUGCCACUGCCACAAAAGAAGCCUUUCCAUUAGAUGGAUCAACACAAAAGGAUCAAAAUGAGGUUGAAGUUGAUAAGCUGUCUAAGGACAUCCCCGCCACCGCCACAAAAGAAGCCUUUCCAUUAGAUGAAUCAACACCAAAGGAUCAAAAUGAGGCUGAAGUUGAUGAAAUGUCAAAGGACAUCCCCGCUACUGCCAUGAAAGAAGAUGAUGUCUAUUUCAUUAUAUUUGGUGAGGCAAAGGGCAUUGAUGCUGGUUAUAUUACACCCGUGUCUAAUAGUUUUGAAGGAGUCAUAGAAAAUGGACUGGAUGCAAAUAUUGAAAGGUGGCGCUACUGCACGUCAAAGCAUGGAUUUGAGUCCAGAGUAAAGGUUUCAAGAUCAUUAUCUAAGCUAAAGCAUGAGAACGUGGUCGAACUAGUUGUUUAUCAUUGGUAUCACAGUUUGCAGAUCUUAGCGUAUGAUUUUGCUCCACGAGGGUCCCUACGCGACAUUCUUCAUAAACAGCAAGGCAUAGACUCAAGCUCAAAGCCAUAUCCGGUUUUAUCAUGGUCCCAAAGAAUCCAAAUCGCUCUUGGGGUUGCAAAAGGAAUAUGCUACAUUCAUGGCAUGGGAUUGAUCCAUCAUAACAUCAGAUCCAGCAAUAUUUUAAUUUGUGAUGAUGAUACUGCUAAGAUAAUUGAUCCUUUUCUAUGGCCGACUCUAUGCCGCUAUUGUAGGGAAAAUUAUUGUGUAAUGCAUUCGCACAUCACUCAGAAAAUUGAUGUUUACAACUUUGGUGAGAUUCUCUUUGAGCUCUUGACAGGUAGUAAUAUAAAUGAUAGUAGUAACUCAGAACCAGCAGUAGAGGGGCUGCAUCAAUUUGUGGAUGCUAGAUUAAAAGGAGAGUACCCGCCCGAUGCUGUUAUGAAGAUGAUUAUAGUUGCACGUUCGUGCCUUCGAGAUGAAGAAUAUUAUGAUCGAAAGAUGGUUAGAGUUGUAAAAUAUCUUGAGCUGUGCCUUCACGAAACCAAAUCACAAGACUCUCAGGGCUGAAAACAACUGAGAUUGCAUCUUAUUUUAAGUUAUUACUAUAAAUGAAAAAAUUACUUUGUGAUUAUUUCUUUUCAUUGGAUUUGAUUCCCUUUCUUCUUAUAGAAAUGACAAUGUCACUCAAACUAUAAAAUUCUUUCA